GCACAUUGUACUGCUCCAGUGUGGACAGAAUAAAUGAUUACCAUUUGGGCAUGUUCUGGCAGCAAUUAUAAAUCUCUUACAAUUUAGGCUAUUUGCUGGUGUCACAUAACGACAGAUUUCGAGAGGAAUAUCAUUUAAAUCGAACAAACAGUAUUUAUAACAAAAUGGACAUUUUUGGACAAAAUAAGACACAGACAAACACCACCAUUCCGCCUGACAACUGGACAUAUGUAUAUUCAAUAGUUCGAUGGAUUCAAAUAUCAAUGGCCGUCCUGAGCAUCUUAGGUGCUGGCUCCAUAAUCUUUUAUGCGAUUUCGAAAGGACUAGUAAGAAAACCAGAGGUGCUGCCGUUGUUCUUGUUGAGUUUGACAGACCUGCUGUUAGCUCUGAGCUGGAUGUGUGGAGGUCUUCUCUUCACCGAGUCCUGUGACGCUUACAACAUCUGCUACAACCUGCACAUAGUGGAACAGACGCUUUACAUGGCCUCGUUCUUCUACACGCUGCACUAUGUUUGGGUGCUCUACACCGGACUGAUGGGGAAGUACAGGAGACUCAAUGGUUUCCCAGGCGAGUAUCCAGCAAACACAAGGAUCUGCAGGUGUCUCGGCCCUGUCCUGUCAUGUCUGUUUCCAUUAAUGCUCACAGCGCCCGUCUUUGUAGCAGGAAAUGUGUUUCGGUGCUACACAAACUUCACCCAGCCCUACAGAUGUUUGCUGAUGCAUACAGGCGCUGUGUAUCUCACCUCAUCUGUAAAUACAGAGAUGACAGCAUGUAGUGUCAUUCAAGACUACUGCAUGACCAUAUUCCUUACGACCUUCCUCAUCACCUUCAUCGGCAUCACUACCCUCAUGUGUAAAGCUCGCUCCCUUUACAAGCGUAUCAUCACGUCUCAAGGGUUUUUCGCCGACAAUCAUUGGGAAACUCUGCGUCUCCUGGAACGGCGUAUGCUGCUUUAUCCCUCAGCCUUCUUCUUCUGCUGGGGACCAGCAAUAUUUCUGGCCAGUAUGAUGUUGGUGAAACCGGAGAUUAUAGAGGGAAGGAUGGGAGUCGUUCUCUACAUCCUACAGGCCUUCACCUCCGCCUCUCAGGGUCUGCUGAACUGUCUGGUGUACGGCUGGACGCAGCAGCACUUUCGCUCUCUCAGCAGCGGCAGCAUCAUACGGGACGCCUCCACCCAGACUCCACUGCUGCGCUCACAGAAACCAAACUACGCCGCUCUGCACUCUUCUGCAUCACUCACCAAUUUUGUCUGACGGAAAGACACGCAAGAAUCCCUGUAAUGCACUGGGAAGAUACUUUAAGCCAAAGCGACCGAGGGAUCGAACCCAUGACUUGGCUGUCGAGAGCGUCGUGCUCUACACAUUGAGUUACCUGAGCCAGUACAGCACAGUUACAGAAGACUGAAACAAGCGAAGUAUGAAGACGCGUUUAGUCUUGAUGAAACCCGCCGGAGCAGAAGCGUGUGUUUUGCUGUUGUAUUACUAACACCAGAUGGUAAAGACGCGCUGCUGAAAAAGCAACUUCAUGUUUUUCUCUACUUGGUUUUUUUUUAUUAAUAAGAUUUCAGAUGCUGCACCUGCUGCUAGUUUAGCUGAGAAACCGUUUCAUCAUCCAGAUUUGACAGUACUAGCUUUUACAAUGACAUGAUCGAGACUUUCAGAUCACGAUUCACUGCUGAACAGUCGAAAAGGGAAAGACCGAAGGGAGAUUACAGACAGAGGGAAAUAGCUCUGAAACAGGAUCUGAGAGGACAAUACUGCUGCUUUCCAUCCAAAAAAAAAAAAACUAAAACCUGAAGCCACCCACACACGGUGGUUAGCAUCGCAGGUAUCAGUCACUGCUAAAAGAGCACGAAACAAAUAAUUCAUCCUUCAAAACAAUUCUUCUCAGUGGAGCUGAUGAGAAAUAUUAGCAGGAGAUGACUCAUAUGAACCUGUCAAGAUAUUAGCCAUGAAUCAUGGAGAAGCGUUUUGCUUAAAGUGAGGUAUUUACAGUCAUGGGAAAGCUGGAAAUAUGUGUUUUUUUCAGGUUUUGAAAAGUUAUGAAAUAAUCUAAAGCUAUAUUCCUUCAUCUUUUUACUCAGCCUUGUGAGGUUUUAUCUUUAAACCUUCAUAAAGGCAUCGUACAAGAAAUCCAGUAAUCCAAGCUUUCAUAAAAGACACGAUCAGUAGUCUCAGUAGUUAAAAAUCAUUUAAUUUAGGCUUUUAUUCUCAUAUAUACACAUUGAUCAAUGCACAUCCAUAGAACACAUCCAAUAAUCUCAACGUAUGCUCAAAUGUGCUUGUGUGAAACGCAGAACAAAUCUCAAAUGAAUGACUUCUACCAUGUUUUGGUUGUGUGACCUUUCAGUGGAAGGACAGCAAUCUCUCAGGUUUCAUUAAAAUCAUGAUCUUCAUCGAAGUUUCAUAGGUGAACAAAAAGACUCGAGGGUGAGGAAAUGAGGACGGUGUUUUCAUAUUUGGCUGAACUGUCCCUUUACAAUGUCUUUGGAAAUUUCUAUUGUUGGUCAUUUUUUCCAGUUGCUUUGAUUUCAAAUAUGUUUUUGACUAGAAACUGGAGUAGAAAAGUCCUUGUUCAGUAAUUACAGACAGCUGGAAAAGUCAUGUUAAAAAGUGAAUUGGUUAAAAGAGUGGGAAUCCUGUUACAAUUAUAUACGUAUGGUGUCAACAAUGACACGUUGCACUGUUUUCCCAUUUUAGUUUGAUUCAUUUAUCCCAUGACGGAAUGAGUUUUUAAUGAAUAGUAUUUUAUAUGCAUGUGUGUACAUAGUCUUUCCACAUUAAAUGCUGUAUGAAAUAUUUUAA